AUGACUUACUCAUCAAUCACAAAAAUAUUGUUGUCAAAGCAAAAUAAACACAGGUCUGCCCUCAUUGGUAGAACAAAAAAUGAAAACAUGAUCUCAUCUUUCUGUCAUUCAAUGCCAAAACCCAACCCCGUGAUUGUUCCUAUUCUUGAACAACUUGGUUUUGCUGGGGUUGUAAAGUUAAGGCAUCUUAAAGUGGAUCAAGCACUAGUGACAACUUUGGUCGAGAGGUGGAGACCUAAAACUCACACAUUCCAUUUUUCAACUGGAGAGUGCACCAUAACCCUAGAAGAUGUUGCACUUCAACUCGAGCUAAAAGUUGAUGGAUUACUAAUCAUUGGUCCAACAAUGUUUGACUGGAAGGAUGUGUGUGACACAUAUAUCGGCAUCGUACCAGUCAAGGGAGAGACACUUAUUGGCUCUAUGAUGAAACUAAAGUGGCUAAGAGACAACAUGUUGUCAUUACUAGAUGAACCAUCUGAAGAGCAAGUUCAUGCCCAUGUUAUGGCAUAUAUAUUGGCUUUGAUUAGAGGUGUUUUGAUGCCUGACAAAAUAGGCAACAAAGUUCAUCUUAUGUAUUUAGCUUUAUUAACUAAUCUUAAGAGAACUAGAAGAUAUAGUUGGGGGUCUGCUUAUUUAGCUAUGUUGUAA